AUGCAGCAAUUUAAAGCCCUUGUUAUAUUGUUUAUCGCUGCCACGGUGUAUAUUUCUUAUUCUGAAGCGUUUCAUAUGGGGAAUAACCAAGUGGGCCAGCCAAAAGGUAAACUGUUCGUUCCGUUCAUUGUUUUACUUUGGGAACGUAUUUCUUAUCAAGGAGGGACACACAAGAGAUUAUAAACUGCAGUUUACAUUCUCUUGCAUUCGCCUGAAACACGAAAACUCGCCUAAAUGUUCAUUAAAACCGAAAACUGAAAUGAAUUGUUUUCCGAACGAGAAACUGCUGAGAGAAUAAUAUAAACAAAGGUUGAAUUAUGAGGCCCAUAAGUAGACAAGCAAAUUAAAAAAAUUGAAAAAAAUAAACCGUUCUACAUAAUUUAUAAACGAGGAGAAAACCGGAGUUGUUACGAGGGGAAAAGUCAGUCACUGUAAUGAAUAACAAAUUCGACUCAACCACACCAACCGAAUUGUAUCGAAGUUUUUCGGUAAGAACUUUUCAAAGAGAGCUCAAGUUCACCAGAUAGCACUGAGGCACCCGCUAAUUUCGUUUUCAGAUCCCUAAAUUACUCUCCCCAACAACACGACCGUGGGAUGUCUGAGUACAAGACUCCUUGGUAAAAGAUAGGAGACUGGGAAAAAGUCUUUCGUCUACCAUAGUGACUCUUUCUUUGUCCUCGAUCAUAAGGUGAUGCCCCAAAGGAUAUUCGCGGAUAUAACCAGCCAAGAGUGUAUGAUGAAGACACAAGAUUGAAAGCGAAGAGGCACCGCUUUGAAGACUGGAACACUUAUAAUUACCGGAAAUAG